AUGGCAAUUGGAGUCAAGUGUGAUGAGAGGCAAGAGGUAGAGAUGACUUGGUUCAAAGGUGCAAAUGGCCAGGUAUGCGACAGCGUGUGCGCGGACAACGGCUUUCCAGAUGGCUGCGACAAGGAGAAGAUGGCAGAGCUGACAACCAACGAGAAAGUGGCAGCUGCUUUCAAAAUGGCUGGCUACACUUGCAGAAGUUUCCAUGGGGCCCGCAAUUAUGCCGGCACUCCCUUUUCAAAGGCCACUCCCAAUGACGAUUGUGCACCCUGGACAGCUGGCACGCCUGCCAGCAGCAUCAACUGCAAUGCCAACAGUUACGGUCACUAUGCUCCAUUGUGCGCCUGCAAGUGA